UCCACCAGCCGCUCCUAACCCUAGCGCCGCCACCGCCGCCGCCGCAGCCUCGGAGCGAUGGUGUCAGGCUCCGGCUUGAGCGCAAAGCGCAUCGUGGUGGACGCGCGCCACCACAUGCUGGGCCGCCUCUCCUCGAUCAUCGCGAAGGAGCUGCUCAAUGGGCAGAAGGUGGUCGUCGUCCGCUGCGAGGAGAUCUGCAUGUCCGGCGGCCUCGUCCGCCAGAAGAUGAAGUACCUCCGUUUCCUCCGCAAGCGGAUGAACACCAAGCCGUCGCACGGGCCCAUCCACUUCCGCGCCCCCUCCAAGAUCCUCUGGCGUACCAUCCGCGGGAUGAUUCCGCACAAGACCAAGAGGGGAGAGGCGGCGCUGGCGAGGCUCAAGACGUACGAGGGCGUCCCGCCGCCGUACGACAAGACGAAGCGCGUGGUCAUCCCUGAUGCUCUUAAGGUUCUGAGGCUGCAGCCUGGGCACAAGUACUGCCUCCUCGGUGAGCUCUCUAAGGAGGUCGGAUGGAACUACCAUGACACCAUCAGGGAACUUGAGGAGAAGAGGAAAGAGAAGGCCAAGGUUGCCUAUGAGAGGAGGAAGCAACUGGCUAAGCUGCGCGUCAAGGCUGAGAAGACAGCCGAGGAGAAGCUGGGAUCUCAACUGGAGAUUCUUGCCCCGAUCAAGUAUUGAGAAGCUGUGCUUUUGUGCGGUAUCAGUUUUGUGGAACAUCUGGCCCUUGUUUAAAGUAGUUUUGUAAUAGUUUGUGACAGCUUCAGUGGUAAACUGUUAUCCUUCUGUGACUUUUGGUUAAUCAGAUGUAUCGGUUCACAUUUGAGAGAUUUCAGAUCUCAUGUCUUGACUGUUGAUCUCUAUAUAUGCUUAGGUUGAACUGUUAUUCACAGUUCAAACUUAUACAACAUCUUACACGAUUAUUGAGAAGAAUGGAUUAUGUAGUUUUUA